AUGUUUUCGUUUAUUGUGGCCAUACUGUUCGGCGUCGUCUCCACGGGCACCGCUUCAACGCAGACACCGAUUAUUACGUCUUGCUCAGAUACACAUGUCGCGGUCAUCGAUGAUAUGACUAUCACAAACGCAAAAGUCGGCGAAAGAAUGAGCUUCAGCUACUCGGGUCAUUUAAAUCAAGACCUCAAUGAAUCCCCAUCGCUAAAAAUGACCAUGACUAAAAAGAAAGACAACAGCAAAAUCAUGUGCUUUUCCAACGUGGGAUCCUGCGAGUACAAGCUCUGUGGCGGCACUUCCGAUGUCGAAAAGAAAAUAACAGAAGGCUGGAACAACGUGUGUCCGGUCCCGGCAGGGAAACACAAGGGCAGCGCCUCCUUCCAGAUACCCUUUUUUGCCGGAUUCCUCAUAGGGGAUGGGAAUAUCAACAUCAAGAUGGAGAUAAUCAACGGCGGGAAUGUUGUGGAGUGCAAUCAUUUCGACGUCAAAAUUGAGAAAUAA